AGAGAGAGAGAGAGAGAGAGAGAGAGAGAGAGAGAGAGAGAAUGGAAAAAUAGAAAUAGCAAACUAUCCAGGGAAGGAGGAAGGGGGAGGGUGUUGAGAAAAAUUAAAGACAGGAGGAGAGAGGGCAGAGAAAAUUAGAGAAAACAAUUGUGAGAAAGGGAAAGGAAAGUCAGAAAGAGGGGGAGAGAUAGACUGAGAGAGAGGCCCAGUGGAGGCUGAGGGGAAACUGAGGUUUCCUAUCUGAGGAGGUGGCUGGCUGAGAAGAAAAACAUCUCUCAACUCAGAGUGUGUGUGUGCAUGUCAUUGUUGAGUGAUGGGACAGGGGAGGAGGGGGUAUGUUGAGGUUGUGGUUUGGGUGUGUAUGUGUCAGGGAGGAGGGGACAGUCAGAACUCCUGCCCCGAAAGAAGGAUGGAGAAGGGGGGGAGAGAAGGUGAGAGGAAGCGAGAGGGAGAGAGAAGUGGAAGAGUGAGACACUAAAAGAAAAGGUCAGAAAGGAGAAGUCCGUCGUAUGGGUUCAAUAGUGGAAGGCAAAUUGUAGCCUGGCGACAGAUUUAUUUGGUCAUUCUCUGUUUAGCGUGACAAUAACCAUAGGAGUUGCUAAAACAGUACAGGCUAGAAUUUGCUCAGGUUAGUGGCCAAGAUAUACCUUUUGUAUGUUUACUAAAGAUAUCUACUGCAUCCUGUUCUAGGUGUACAGCCUGACUAAACCAGACUCAUCAUAGUUGAGCACAGCCAGCAGUGACUGAGAGACCCAUGAGGCGGUGCACAGCGGGCCCAGCGUCGUCUGGGUUACGGGAGGGUCUGGACACAGCUCCACUGCAAAGUGACUUGCUUGAGGUGGGAGAUCCGUGGGCUGCAGCCAUGCUGUCCCUGGACGAGCCAUUGGACCUAAUGCUCCCCCGGGGGUGUGUCAACGGGCGGGACAGGGGUGCACGGCCACCCCCCACCCUCACGCUCUCUCCGAUACCCUUCAAGCGCUCCCGGCAGCUCCGCAUGGCUGAUGAUGGCACAGCCGUCAUAGUGCCCGCCUCCCCGGCCUCGCCACACACAGGUGUGUUGGUGGUCUCCCGGGAGAGGCCAGAGACACCCCCCACCCCGCCAGCCGUGGACCUCAGUACGUCCCCCUCCUCCCGCCACACCUCCAGCUCCCCAGAGAUGACCAACGGAAACGGGGUCUCCCACCACAUCAUUGCAGGGGACUCAGCUCACAUCCAUUAUGUGGAGAGCAGAGCCUCCUCGCAGGCCUUCCAGUUCUUCGUGCCGAUUGGUGCUGGGGCCGGACUCCACCUGCCGUCAUCCAUGUUCAUUGGCCAGCCCAACGACAAGCGGGCCUCUCCCGAUCUCUCAGCAGACGAACAGCUGGCCUGUCGCUGGAGGAAGUGCCAUCUUCUCUUUGAGUCCCUGCAAGACCUUGUGGACCACGUCAACGACUUCCACGUCAAACCUGAAAAGGAUUCUGGGUACUGCUGCCACUGGGACGGCUGCGCUCGCAGAGGGCGGGGCUUCAACGCUAGGUACAAGAUGCUUAUCCAUAUCCGUACACACACCAAUGAGAAGCCUCACCGCUGCCCCACCUGCAACAAGAGCUUCUCUCGCCUGGAGAACCUCAAGAUACACAACCACUCACACACAGGUGAGAAGCCCUACAUCUGUCCAUACGAGGGCUGCAGCAAGCGCUACUCCAACUCCAGCGACCGCUUCAAGCACACGCGUACCCACUACGUGGACAAGCCCUACUACUGCAAGAUGGCCGGCUGCCUGAAGCGAUACACAGACCCUAGCUCUCUCCGUAAGCACAUCAAGGCCCACGGCCACUCUGUAGCCCAGGAGCAAGGCUGUCCGGGUGGGCUGAGCUCCCUGCUCAAGGUGGGUCCCCUGGGGGUGGGGAUGGGUGGAAGAGGGGGUAAUCUGGGGGAGUCGGAGCUGAGCUACAUCAGUGGGGCCCAUAUCAUCAUCCCCAGCGCCGCUGCCGCUCUCCUGGGGGGCCACGCUCUGCAGGGCCUGGCGGGCUCCAUGCCUCUAUCCCCCCUCGCCCCCCGGCCCCUGGACCUGAGCACGCUGGGGGGGUGCCCCAGCUCCCCUUGCAACACCUCCAUCCUGUCUUUCAAUGGUUCUCCUCUGAGCCUGGCCACCAAGUCGUCCCUGGGGCUCUCCCCGGCCUUCCCCUCCUCAGCCCUGGGGCUGGGGCCCACCAUGGUGCCCGUGUCCCUAGGAGGAUCCAUGGGGUCGUCUGCCUCAGAGCGCAGGGCCCACCACCACGGGUGUCACCACAAGGGGAAAAUUGGGGGUGGGGGGGAGGAGGGGAAGAACAAGCUUCAUCGUGGGGGGGUGCUGAACCUCUCCACGGGGGCCUCCCACGACCCCCUGUCCUGGGUGGUCAUCCCCUCCGGCACGGUUGUGCUUAAGCCAGCUGUGGUCAACUAACACACACACACACACACACACACACACACACACACACACACACACACACACACACACACACACACACACACACACACACACACACACACACACACACACACACACACACACACACA